GGUCCCCCGCUAGCGGGUGGGGGGCACGGGGGCCGGGGGGAGGUAGGCAGCCCUCCUCUCCCCUCCCUUCCUUCCUCUCUCCACCCUCCCUUCCCUCCCCGUUACGCUGCGGGCGGCGGUGCCGCCUUACAGGUCGCAACCGCUCUCCGGUGAGCUCCCCGCGGCGCGUAGAGGAGCGGAGUGCACGGAGCGGCCCCGGCCAUGGUGCUGCGCGCCGCGGGGCUCAUCGGCUGCUGCUGCUGCCUGCUGCGCCUCGUCCUCCCCGCAGCCCCAGGCGUGAACUGUAAAACUGGCUGCCACCCAGAAAAUGGAUUUUGUGAAUUUCCCAGUGAAUGCAGGUGUCAGCCUGGUUGGCAAGGUGCUCUUUGUAAUCAGUGUGUUCCUUUCCCCGGGUGUUUGCACGGCAGCUGUGCCAAGCCCUGGCAGUGCAUCUGUGAGGAGGGCUGGGUUGGCAGCCUCUGUGACAUAGAUGUUCACCCAUGUUCUGCAAAACCCUGCACCAAUAACUCAACAUGCAUAGAGACUGGUGAUGGAGGAUAUAUUUGUCUGUGUGGCCAGGGAUUUACAGGAAAAAACUGCCAUCUCAAAAAAGGACCUUGCAUUAUUAAUGGUUCUCCCUGCCAGAAUGGAGGAACGUGCAUUGAUGACGAUGGUUUUGCACCCCAUGCUUCCUGUCUGUGCCCUUCUGGUUUUGCUGGCAACUUCUGUGAAAUAGAUAGAGAUGACUGUGAAUCCAACCCGUGUGAAAAUGAAGGAACAUGUACAGAUACUGGUGUGGGUUUCAGCUGUUUGUGUCCCCAUGGCUAUACAGGAAAGCUCUGCAGCAGCCGUGUCAUGUUCUGUGCAAGUGGCCCAUGUGAGAAUGGAGGGACAUGCAGUGAACAUCCCCAAGGAGGAUUCAAAUGCAUCUGUAAAUCAGAAUUCAUUGGUGUGACCUGCAAACAUCCCAUCAAAAACACAAGUCUUUCUGGAGCAAAUAUGGAGACAAGGCACAUGCAGAAUUACAAGCCGACCUCAAAAGCUCAUCACAGAUCAGUGCAUCAACAAGAAAUCUUGAAAAUAACAAUGAAAGAAACUAUCCAAAAUGCAGAUCCCUUGCUGAGUAGAAGCCAGGUGAUAUGUUUUGUUGUACUGGGCUUGCUUACAUGUCUUGUUGUCCUGGGUACAACUGGGAUUGUGUUUUUUUCAAAAUGCGAAAUGUGGCUUGCUAAUGCCAAAUACAGUCAUCUCCUACGCAAGAAAAAGAACUUUUUUCUGAAAUCUAACAAUGGGGAAAAUCUCUCAGUUAAUAUUAUCUUCCCAGAAAAGAUCAAAUUGACUAAUUAUACUAAGAACUACACUGCCAUUUAGGCCCUGGAAAGCCAAGCAGCAACUUGCAACUUUUUAUAGCAAUGUGUAAAAUAGAUUGAAUUUAUUGCACAUGAUUGGCCUCAGUAUUUGUGCUGUAGCUUGUGCUGAGUGAUAAUGAAAAAAUAUAAUGUAUCUGUAUUGCUAAGGAUGUUUUCAUUCCCCAAAAUAAAAGGUAAAAUAAAUUUUUUAAAAUAUUAAAGAGCAGGGAAUUGAUUCUUUUCAAGGCAGCUAUAGUUUGUAAAAUAUAAAGUAAAAUCUACCACUAGAACUGUAUUGCAUCUUUCUUGUCUUGUGCAAAGUUUGUUGGCAAAUAUGGUACCUGUAAAUUUUGCUUUUUUUUAAAUAAACAGCAGUUAAGGACUACACUGGUUUAUUUAUUUAUUUGUAAAUGUUAUGCCACAGCAAAGACCGCAGUGAGUGUCCCUGCUUAAUUCUUCUGCUAUAUGUGACAAAGGCUUUAGAGACUGCAAUCAACAGGAGCAAAUUCACACCAAUGUCUCAGCUAUCCAGGCAGUUUUGCUAUUUUUACAUGCUCCUUUGAUAGAAUCUUACGGGUCUUUGUGGUACUAAUUUCAGGUUAAAGGUCUCUGUUGCUUGCCAUGCUGCCUCCAUAAAUUGUUCUAUUUGUCUAUUUUAAAAUGUUAAAAAGGUGUUUAAUGUCAUUGGUCAUACUUUCUGUUUAGAGACCUAGUAGAGAUGUAAAGGAUCUGAUCCUGACUUUUCUAUAAAUACUCCUCAAAGAAC